GAGGGCGCGCGAGCGCUUCCGGCCCUCGAACAAUGCGGUUCCGAGUCGCUGUGCUGGGCUGCGGCGGCGGCGGCUGUCCGUAGCCGGAGGCCGCGGCGUGCGCUGCGGUAGGAGCGGCCGCGGGUGCCAGCGCGGGGACGCGGCCCGACGCUACAGGUGUGCCAAAAUGUCAGAAAGAUCAGACAUUCUUCACUUCAAAUUUGACAAUUAUGGAGAUUCGAUGUUACAGAAAAUGAACAAGCUGAGGGAAGAAAACAAAUUUUGUGAUGUUGUGGUCCAUAUAGAUGAUGUUGAAGUUCACGGGCAUAAAAUUGUGUUUGCUGCUGGCUCUCCUUUUUUAAGAGAUCAGUUCUUACUAAAUGACUCCAGGGAUGUGAAAAUCUCCAUACUGCAGAGUUCAGAAGUGGGGAGGCAGCUGCUUCUGUCCUGUUACAGUGGCAUUCUGGAAUUCCCUGAAAUGGAACUGGUGAACUACUUAACUGCCGCAAGCUUUCUGCAGAUGAGCCACAUUGUUGAGCGCUGUACGCAGGCCCUCUGGAAGUUUAUAAAACCGAAGCAACCAUUGGAGAGCAAGGAGUGUGAGCAGCAGAGUGACUCCUCUGACCUGAAGGAGCAUCAAGGAGAUGACGACUCUCUGCAGCAAGAUUCACCUUGUAUUCAACCUUCAGAAGACAGUAUGGACAUGGAGGAUAGUGACAUUCAGAUCAUCAAGGUGGAGUCCAUUGGGGAGGUAACAGAAGUUAGGAACAAGAAGGAUCAGAACCAGUUUAUUUCUUCUGAACAAACUGCACUGCAUUCCUCAGAGCCUCAACACUUUCUAAUCAACUCCACCGUUGAGAACAGAGCAAGUGAAGUAGAGCAAAACCACCUCCACAACUAUGCCCUUUCAUACGCUGGCAGUGACAACAUCAUUCUAGCCUCUAAAGAUAUGUUUGGGCCUAACAACCGAGGUAUAGACAAAGGCCUCCAGUGGCAUCAUCAGUGUCCAAAGUGCACAAGAGUGUUUCGGCAUCUGGAAAACUAUGCCAAUCACUUAAAGAUGCACAAACUAUUUAUGUGUCUCCUCUGUGGCAAGACAUUCACUCAGAAAGGCAAUCUGCACCGGCACAUGAGAGUGCAUGCAGGCAUCAAACCCUUCCAAUGUAAGAUCUGUGGGAAAACAUUUUCUCAGAAAUGCUCCUUACAGGACCAUCUCAACCUGCACAGUGGGGACAAGCCCCAUAAGUGUAACUACUGUGACAUGGUUUUUGCGCAUAAACCCGUUCUGAGGAAACAUCUUAAACAGCUACAUGGUAAAAAUAGCUUUGACAAUGCUAAUGAAAGAAACGUUCAAGAUAUAACAGUAGACUUUGAUUCAUUCACAUGUAGUGCUGCUACAGACAGUAAGGUCUGUCAGCAAGCUGAUGCAAGCCAGGUACUGGAUGCAGGGAAGCUGCCUCAGGCUGUGCUCAGUUUAAGAAAUGAUAGUACCUGUGUCAAUUAAGCAAUUAAAACCAGCCCUUUGUAGGGAUCAUGACCGAAAGAAGCAAAAAGUUUGGCUGGACUCUUACCUAGACUAGUGGUAUGUCCUGAAAGGCUACAGAUGGAUGGCAGGCUGGAUUUCAAGCCUUGGCAGGUCUUCUGCCACCAUUCUUAGUCUUACUUGAUACUUUCUGUGAAUAGCGAUCUUCCUUCAGGUUUCAGUCUGUGUCUCUGCUGUGGAUUAAGGGGUUAAUUGUUUAGUUUUUCUCUCAUUAGGAGACUCAAGAUUAACACCUUUUGAAAGACUGUUGCUGUAGGCUGUAAGUAAACCAUCUGCUGUGCAGUUAGAGGCCUGUGUCUGGGCAGAUGGAAGAAAGAGCACAGAGGACAAGUCUGUGAGAUAAUGCGAUUACUUUUUUUUUAAGCACUGGAUAACUAAAAGCACUCCAUAUAGUUAAAUUUAAACUUACCUCUUAAAGUUAUCUUUCUCUGAUCUUACCCCUCGACCUCUGCAGUUGAAAUGAAGUAUUUUUGUGUCACUUUUUUGCUCUUUCUAAACUGUUUCAAGAAACUUUUGCUGCCAAUCAGCUGCUAUCUUAAAAGCUCUCAGGGUUUUUAACCUCAACAUGCGUUAUGUAAAGAUAAAACCCUAACUGAUUUGGCAGGGUUACUGCAUAGACUGUUCAAAACGGGAAUAAAUUGCAGCUCUGGAAUGUGAAAGGUCAGUGCCUGGAGUGCAAGUAUGACCUAUUCCUUAAUGCUGUCAUACCUAGGAUUUUUAAAGGGCACUUAACCAACAUAUGUACUGAGACAAGCUAAACAUUUAAAAACUAAAAAAUUAUCAUCCAUCUUCCAUACAUUUAGCAUCACACAAACCACAGCAGUUGCUGGUUUUAGAGCAAAGCUGGAGUGGAGGGAUACUUGCUUUUUGACACUGUGAAAAGAAUCUGUUUUAAAAGCUGCAACGUGUAACAUUUCCAUGCUUUGCUUUGGUUUGUUUUUUUUAUCUUUUUUUCCCCCUUUAGUUCUUGUAGAUCAGUAGUAAGCGCCACGUAUCACUUAGCUUGAAAAAAAGAAACGAAACAUAAACAACAAAGGGGGUUUGGUUUCUUGGACAUUCAAUUUUUUUGUUUUUUUAAGUUAUCUGCAUAGUUUACAACCGUUAGUGUUUUACAGAGUCUAGGAUGAGGUAUAGGUAGCACAAUUUCUGUAGGUUAAUGUAUCAGCUCUUGACUGUACUCAGCAAUACCUCUUGUAUACCGCCUUAAACAUCAAAUGUAGCGGGAAUGGCAAAUUAAUUGGGAUUCUGGGAUUAUACCAUAUUGCUUCUCAAAGUGCCGUGGAAUUACCCACAUUCCCUACUUUAUCUGAGGAACACCAUUCCCUGUAGAACAGCACUCUAAUUAUGUUGAAGUGUAGCAUAGACCUAUAAUCAAAUGGCUGAUCCUCCAUAGAGAACUGCUGUUUGUAUUUGGAAUAAGUAUUUCUUCCAAUGCAGCUCCUUUCCACAAGGUUUGCCGUGAGGCUGAGAUUAUGCUUCCUACCUAAAAGUAGUACUUUGUGUGUUCGAAUGAGGGGGUGGGGGUGAUAGGCUGCUAUUGUAUGGUUAAAAAUGCUAAACAGGUAGGACCAAAGGUGCAUUAGGAAAAAAAUACGUUUUGUAUGUGGUUAGCAAAAUGGUGUUGAUCCUCAGAUCUGUGUGUAUAGAAGCCAGGAUUUCCUUCCACAGACAUUACACUGAUGGAUGACAAAAGAAAAAAGUGUUAAUGUUGCAGGACGUGUUCAGAAAUCCACAUACUUUCGAGUAGAAAAGCAAAGUGAUUCUGUGAAUCAAUCGGGUUUUGGAACUGAGUUCUUAAACUGCUGUACUUGACUGUUAUCAUGAACUGUUACAUGGACAGCUAUGAAGUAAGCAAUGGAAGUGGAAUCAGGGCAUUACAUCUUUCAAGUUGUAGCAUAUAUAUAUUUAGGCCUAAGCUCUUAAUUAUUUUGAACUUUAAAAAAUUAUUGUUCAGGUUCCUGGAGCAGAAGAUAGGUUUGUAUGGGAAGAAAAACUGGUUUUCCUCUUAAAGCUACAUGCUUUCAGAAUUGUUUUGAGCUAAAACUGGUCAUGACAGUUGCAUCUGACACUUGCAUUCUGUCUUCAGACAGAAUCUUCUGCAUUGUUCAAACAUUUUGAUAAUAUAUUAUUCACUAUAUGGAAAUAUGUUAGAGUGCUUAUGUCAAAAAGGAAGAUAGACAUAGAAAAUAAGAGCUUGCAGAGCUAGGUCAACAUGCUGUAAGGGACUAGUGAAUGCUCUAACCAGAUAUGAAUAUGGACAUGGUAAAGAAAAUGGUCUUCUGCCAGAGAAAGGAAUAAAGCUGUGUACAUUAUAGAAAAAGUGGAAGCAAAAUGGACAGUACUGAAAGCUUUGUCUAUCUGGGAAGUGGUUUUUUGGUGGAAUUGUUACUAUAAGGAGAAUACAGCUUGUGGAAGUAGCUGAUGGUGUCCUGGAGCUGGCGUGAAGAGACAGAAAUAAAUACAAAAAAAACAGAAAUGCAGAAGACUGCUUCUUCAGUGAGAAUGGACACGUCUGUUGGAUGACAAGUGACUUCUUACUAAUGCCUGUGCUUUUGGCCUGACAAAAGGGUGCAGACCAAAAGCUGCGUGCAGGAGACAGCUAUGUGACUUCAGAAGGCCUGGAGAUCUAAGAGCGUGAUAAUGCUGAUGACACCGUGCAGUGUGCUGGUGGUAGAGCUCAACUAAGAUUUGUUCCUAAAUGGAACAAGUGAAAAAUAUAGAAGAGGUAUUGGAAAAGAAAAAUCUGGCUAAUGCUUCUCUGAAUUCCAGAUUAAAAUGGUUUGAAAAUUAUUACAAAUGGAAUAUAGAGAGGCAGCUCGAUUAUAGCAUAAGAUGAAUUUAAUUGUCCAUGUAUGUAAAAUGUUGUCUUCAUUGCAGUGUUCCUAUUAGUGAGAGAUUAGAUCCAUUGGUUGUUGCUACUGAUGCUGCAUAUUCAGAUGAGGACUAUGGAGUUAUCAUAAUCUGUGUGUUAAUGUGUAGAAUACUAUUUGCUGGUAAGUGGAUAGUCUCACAACUUAAUGUGCUGUAACUUCCUGCAUAUCUUCAAAAUAACUGAAGUCCGUUACAAAAAUAUUUUAAUAACUCCUUGAAUAUAUUAGGAUUUUUUUUAUGUUGGCAUUUUAUUUAUUUAUUUUAUAUAGAAGAAAAUCUUAGAACUCUUAGGUUUACCCAAGGUUUAGGCUCACCACUUCUCAGUGGUGGUAGCUUGUGUAGCAAGUGCUCCUGCAGCAUGCAGUGCAGCUGCACAGCCUCCUGUAGAGAUCAGGGAUGAGUCCUUAAUUUAUUUUUGGUUUAGAAGAUAUGUUUUGCAAGUUAGUAACUGAUAAAAUUGAAGUGUCAGUCAUUUCCUCCCCUAGCUUUUUUACAAAACUUGGAUAGCUGCCACUGAACUUUUGUUGAUGUAACUUAAAAAAAUAAUUGUGUGGGGCUAAUUUUGGUUCUGGAGUCAUUGGGAGGAGUAAGUAAGAGGAGGGAGAAUCAAAAUGUGAUACAAACUGAAACUGUUGAGAAUUGUAAAGUCAUGUUACAUCUUGAUUUAAAAAAAAAAAAAAAAAAGGAAAGUAGUUGCUCCUCCUGACUUGGUGAGAAGGCAGAACGGACUUUUUUCCUUCAGAUUGUAUAAUCGACGGACUCUGAGCAUUAGCUACCUCUUCAAUGACUGGGCAGAAGUCUUACCCUACGUGUUAUUACCAAAGCAGGCGGGUCAUCGGCUGUCGGAUCGCAUCCCCCGCUCUGGGGCCGGGCCGGUGGCCGGGGGGAAGCCCGCUGCUCGGCACGGCCGGUGAGGAGGAGCCCCGGGCGACUGCUCUCCAGAAUGCCUUACAGGGGCAGCGGCCCAGAGCGCUCCGGGCCGAUACGUUGCUACCUCUACCGAACGUUUGGCGAGGCGCGCCCCGGUGCCGGUGUGGUGUUCCCCGGCGGCAGCCGCUGUAGCAGUGCCAAGUCUUCUAAUAAACGUGCUGCUAACUCUGUC